GUACAUGGUUGCACAUACUCUACGUUACAUAAGCAAAACGCUCAUAGCGAACGAGGCAACUGCUCGGGCUUCCACACCAAACGCACGGCGCACGGUACCAUGUGUACACCAUGAUACUAUAGUUGCAUAGGGUUUAUGUCCAUGACAAAGUAGCAUCUCUUAGCGCCUGGGAGCAGGGGCGGCUGGGAGCAUGCCGCUCAUAUACAGCAGCGUCUCCCAAGGCACAGUGACGCUCGCCGAAUAUUCCGCCUUUGCGGGAAACUUCGGGGCGGUUGCAAGAGAAUACCUUGCAAAGGCUAGCAGCAAUGAGGGCAAGUUUACCUACAUCGUGGAUGGCCACACCUUCAACUUCCUUAAUCGGGGCGGAUUUGUCUACCUGGCAGUCGCAGAUGAGGCUUACAGUCGUGCCAUCUGCUCCGCCUUCCUUGAUAAGAUGGCGAGUGAGUUUGCGCCCAAAUACUCGGAAAAGGCGCUUCCAGGGGCGAAGGAGGGCGCUCUGAACUCCUCCUUUGGCAAGCAGCUGAAGCAGCUUAUGGAGCACGCAACACAGUACCCGGAUGCCUACUCCAAAGUGGCUUCCGUACAGUCAAAGGUUGACGAGGUGAAGGGCAUCAUGACGGAGAACAUCGAGAAGGUGUUGGCGCGCGGAGAGAAGCUGGAGCUGCUCACGGACAAGACAGAGAACCUGAUGUUCGAGGCUGACCGGUUCGUGCGCACCGGCCGCUCUCUGCGCCGCAAGAUGUGGUGGCAGAACUGCAAAAUGAAGAUCGUGGUGGCCUUCGCCGUCAUCCUGCUGGCGCUCGUCAUCUUCCUGCUCGUCUGCUUCUCGGGAGGAAACUGCCUCAAGCACUAGGGUGGCAAAAUAGAAUGUAAGAGCAGCAACGGGGCAGGAAACGGGGCACUAGGGGGGCAGGAAGGAGCAGGAAACCCUUCAUGGCUCCAAAGCCAUCCGUGAAGCGAGCAAGGGGUGCUGUCCUGACUGUCUAGGAGUACUCGAGAGAGGCAAUGGCUGGCUCCUUUACUAGAUUGACGUGGCGUGUGGAUGAAACAUCUGGUACGAAGGUUUUAAUUCCUGGGGGCGCCCCCCGGAAGGGUCCGUUGGGCUCCACAGUUCCAUACCGUGAGAACGGCAGCCAGAAGGGCAGCACGUUCGGAUGCAAAGGAUGCAAAGGAGGGGGGAGGCAGGGGCGCUGCUGCUGUCCUGUAUGUGUGUUGGGUCCGUGUCGAGUUAGUUGGGCGGCGAUGGCCGCGGUGACGGAGCCUGCGGGGAAGGGAGAUCGUCACGAAGGA